CCCAGUCAAAACAACGAUAAAAAUGCGCCUGAGUGGCUGGGAAAUUGUGUUGCUCCUGCUGCCUUUUGGCCUAAUCAGUGCCGUGCGACAGUUGGAGGAGAAUCAGAGCACCAAGAACGAUCACCUGCAUUCCGCAGAACGACAGGUGCGUCGUCGCAACAAUAAAAGCAAUGCCUCCGCGGACCAUCAACGUCAUGCGGCAUCUGGUGGAUCCAAGAAAAAUAGUAGAAGUCAGUCCGUGGGACUGGAUUCGGAUGACUACGAUUGGCUGGAUGCCGAUACCAGUGAGGCCAUCGAUAGCUCCGAAAUUACUGCUUUGGAAUCCGUGAGAUCAUCCGGAGAACCACAUGAUAUCUUCACAUGUUGCAAUCAGGUCUUCGGCUCAUGUCGCACAGCAUGCGAAAAUUUAUCUCUGGUAGAGUUUGCCACUGGCGCUGGCGGCGAUAAUCGCGAGGAACUGCGCAAGUAUUGUCAACUGCACCAAGUGGAAUUCUGGACCUGCGUGAACCAGACUUUCGAUGCGGUCACCCGUGGAGCGGACUGGUCGGGCAGACGUUGCUGCCAAUUUGGCGUUCUGCCCCACUGCCGCAAUGUCUGCGCCACCUCGAAUCGUUCACCUGUGCAAAACUGCAGGCGGAGCGACGAGCAAAUGCUGUACGACUGCCUGGAGCGCCAGGAGGCCGCCGAUCAGUGCUGCGGACAGGCCCGCACCUCCGAGUGUCUGGAGGCCUGUCGAGCCGUUUUCGAGCCCGCAAAUGAUAACCAUGAUCAUGUUGACAUUAAUGGAUCCUGCGGGGAUCGCAACGCGGAUGUGAUUCAGUGCAUAAACAACCACACGGACAUGACUCCGCUGGCAAAUGCCGAGCAGUAUAUUCCCUGUUGUGAGUAUAGCAAUAAGGAGCAUUGUCGUCACACUUGUAGAAACCUCCUACACCAAAAUGCCACCCUCAUGGAACGAAGUGAGGUGAUCUUCUCGCGAUUGGAGGCAGCUGGAUGUGGUUCCCCUUUGCCGCAACUUCCCUUCUGGCAGUGUUUCCUCACGGUGACGGGGAAACUUUAUGUGCCGGGAGGAUCGGGAAGAGCUGGGGGUUCCGUAGGUUCCCAAGGACGCGUUUCGGGCAAGGGAGGUGGAUCCCUGGGGGAAGCCAAUCACCUGGGAAUGGAUGCGGCCAAAAGACAGUGCUGCGAGCAAGCCGGCAGUCACAAGUGCCGGCGACUGUGCAACCAGAUCUUCACCAGCAAUUGGUGGGAGGCGCGAUCCAGUUUCGAGAACGAGUGCAUGGAUCAGCCAGGGGAACGGGAGCUGCGACGGUGUAUAGAGAGUGUGGACGCACCCUGUGAACUGGGCUGUGAGGGUCUGAGCUUUUGCUCCAACUUCAACCAUCGACCCACGGAACUCUUUCGCAGCUGUACGACCGAUCACGAUGCCGCUGCUCGCGAGGAUUUGCAGCUGCUGCAGCAGCGGGGAACCGUUCGAGUCCUGGGACAGGAGCUCUUCAUCAAGAACACCAGUCGAUGUGCCCCGGAAAAGUGGCAGGCCCUCGUCUGUGCCCUCCAACUGAAGCCCUGCACUCGGGUGGGUCUUUUCAAUGGCAUCUGCAGUGAGGAUUGCCAUGAGCUCUUGGAUGAGUGUCUGGAUUGGACACUGCAGAGCCAGCGACCGAAGGAUAUAUGUUCCAGGUUGAAGGAAAAAGAUGAAGAUGAUCCGCUGCCCUGUAUUUCCCUGGAGAGCUAUCUAAAACCAGGAGAAGCCACUCCGGAGGAGUCCCAGGGAAUUACUUUACCCUGCGCCAAGAAGCCCUGUAAUAACAGCGAGGUUUGCAUGCUGCAGCGCGGCGGAAAUCAAGGAUACUCCUGCAUACCCGGCUGCAAUUUGGGACAGGACUCCAAGCUGUUUGUCCCAUUCGGAUCGUAUGUGCGACUGGGAAAGAGCACGCUGCACAAGAAAAGCGAGGUGGGUCAACUGCCGCUGGCCGAGCACAUAGUCUGCUCCUGCGGAUUGGAGGGUCGCCUGGAGCAGUGUCAACCGUUGCCCAGUUAUAUGCAUGCCCACUGCAGUCUUCCUGGAGGUAGGAGCUACCGCCAUGGAUCCUCCUUCUACCUGGAGUGCAACCUGUGCAGCUGCUUCGCCGGCGAGAUUACCUGCACCAAACAGCAGUGUCGUCUGCCGGGAUUCGCCGACUCCGGCUUCACCAGCCUGCCCUGCAAUUGUCCAGCCCAUUACGUUCCCGUUUGCGGCUCCAACGGGAAUACUUAUCCCUCGGCCUGCGUGGCCAAGUGUCAUCUGCCGGAGGGGGACUACGUCUAUGGGGCCUGCAAUGCCCGGAAUGCCUGCCAGGCAGCCCCUCCGAAUAGCUGUCCACCCGGAACUCAGUGCCUGGACAGCAGGAAGGUAUGCCUGGCCAGCAUGCAGAAGCCGUGUCUGCAAUAUGUGUGUGUGAACGCCACCGCUUCGAACUGUUCGUCCUUCCACCAGGGUGAGGUAUGCGAUACCCAAGGACGCACUCAUGCCAAUGCCUGUGACUUGCUGAGAGCCAAUCCCCAAGGACAAGUGGCCUACUGGUCGGCCUGUCAAUCGAAUCGUUACUCGCCCUCACCGUCGCCAGUCUGUGGAGUCAAUGGAGUGACCUACAAGAGUAGCUAUGCGGCCAGAUCGGAAUACGUGCUGGUGGAUUAUGUGGGUCGGUGUCGGGAGGUGGGUCUGCUGGCCAGCGAUAUGGGAAGACGGUGUCGCACUGUCAGGUGUCCAGCACCCGUUUCCAAACACUGUCGUCAGAUAGUCCCCCCGGGAGCCUGUUGUCCACUGUGCGCCGGCGGCGCCUUCAGGAUCAUGUACUCCAGGAAGCAGUUCGAUCGCGCUAUGUAUGGAUUGCGGGCCCAGAGCAGCACACUUUUGACCCUCCAUGGAGUGCUGCAACAACUGGAUGGACUGGUGAAGGUCAGCGAAUGCCAGCUGACCGGAUUCCUUACCAUGGAAGUGGGUAUUUUUGUGGCUAUAGUGCCAGCCAGCAGCAUCAAAAGACCAACGCGCCUUCAAUUGGAGGCCUGUGCCCGUGAAGCCGAAAAGAUUUCAUCCCUGAUCAACGCCCAGUCACCCAGGAUUACAACCAACCUAGCCUUGUCCUGUUUGACUGUCUCGCAUCUACUAGAACCCACGCCAAAUGGAGCAACAUCUUAUGGUUCCCACACCAUUUGGAUACUCCCCCUACUUCUGUUAGUUCUUAGGUUAAUCAUAGUUUAAGUUAUACUUAGGAGGAGUGUAUAUGAUCUGACUCAAUCAAGUGAAUUCUUGGUGCCAAUUAAUCUGUUAGUCUAAGGAGAUGGAAAGUGCCUUCACCGCUAGGAAUUGACCCUCUAUACCAUGUGAUAUUAGCUAAAUUAAUCGUUAAGCUGUAAGUG